AUUUUAAGCGUUAUCCGUUAUCCCAGGAAAUUGCUAUUUUACUUAUUUUUUUAUAGUUUUUAUCACCAAUUAAAUAAAUUUAUUAUUUUCAAUAUUUCAAUGUCAGUGUACUAAUGACCUAAGGCCACUAAGGGGGUAAAGUUAAUUUUUAAUUUGUUAGCUAUGGAAUUUCACAUCAAGAUUAAGGAAGAGUAUGUUGAAUAUGACCAAAGACUUAUGCAGAGUCAGCUAUCCACAUCAACAGAUCUUGGAAACGUGAAAAAUGAAGCAGAAAAUAACACAGAUGUGGAGGUAAAAACGGACAUUAAGGAAGAAUUUGUUGAAGGUGACUCCAGCCAUAGAGCCAUAGAGAGUCAGCUAAGUACAUCCAUAGAUCUUGGAGUCCUAAAGAAUGAAUCAGAUGAGUUUAACUCAGGUUGUACUCAGGAGGACAACAAAACGAAAAUUAUGGAGACUUCUUUUGAACAAUCAUCUAAUAAAGGACACUAUAUGAGUUAUGUUGAAGGGGAAACCGUAAAUAAAAAUAUAAAAGUUGCGACCAGACAGCGACCUUACAAAUGUGAAAUUUGUUUCAAACAGAUUUGUCGACCAUGUGAUUUAAAACAACAUAUGGGAGUACACACUCGAGAAAAACCUUACAAGUGUGAAAUUUGUUUUAAGCAGUUUACAAAGAAAAGUACUUUGAAUGUACAUUAUAGGAUACACACUGGAGAAAAACCUCAUAAGUGUGAAAUUUGUCUAAAGCAGUUUGCUACAGCAAGUGAUUUGAAAAAACAUUUGAGAGUGCACACUGGAGAAAAACCUCACAAGUGUGAAAUUUGUCUAAAGCAGUUUGCUACAGCAAGAGAUUUGAAAAAACAUUUGAGAGUGCACACUGGAGAAAAACCUCACAAGUGUGAAAUUUGUUUUAAGCAGUUUGCUACAGCCAAUCAUUUGAAAAUACAUUUGAGAGUGCACACUGGAGAAAAACCUCACAAGUGUGAAAUUUGUUUUAAGCAGUUUGCUACAGCCAAUCAUUUGAAACUGCACAUAAGAUUGCACACUGGAGAAACACCUUACAAGUGUGAAAUUUGUUAUAAGCAAUUUAAGCAAGCAUGUAAUUUGAAAACACAUUUGAGAGUGCACACUGGAGAAAAACCUCACAAGUGUGAAAUUUGUUUUAAGCAGUUUUCUCAACAAGUUCAAUUGAAAAAACAUUUGAUACAACACACCGGAGGAAAACGUUACAAUUAAACAGUUUUCUUGAUCAAAGUAAUGUUAAGCCAGUUUCCCCCAUCCUAGAGAUAACUAACCAGUCUUUUAGAGAACGACUCGAGAAGGAGAUAUCUGCAUAACAUCUCGAAAGGGUCCCCGCUCUGUUUCUUUCCAUCCAGUACAUUCACGGGAAAACCAGCCAACGGGAUAUAAAUUAAAUUACUCGUCAAAAGUUAGGGAUAUGGAAUAUUAUGCUCAUUUUCAUACUUGAUUUUUUUCGUGAACAGAUUAACGGAUUCCGACAAUUUUUGAUUAUUUUAGAUUUUUCUUUAGUAUUUACACAGUUGUACAGAUGUUUACUCAAACUACUUUUUUGUACUUAUACCGCGUGGAAGAAAAGAAAUGUUUUUCUUAUGUUAAGUUUGUGCCACCCUGUAGGGAGGACGAGGCACAGAUGUUAGUAUACAUCAGAAUCGGGUUGUAGUCUUAUGUUUUGUGAACAUUUUCUUUUUUGAAUGUCCUUGAUAUCUUUAGAAACAAAGAAGAUAGGUGGUUUUACUCUUUAGCAGGUGUUUUAACUGAAACAAAACUAAAUUAACAAUAAAAAAUAACAGUUAACAAAAAGAGAGAGGCAAUUGUUUAAUGGAGGCCCUGUGCUGUUUUGGGGCGGAAUUUCCUCGGGAAUAAGUAUGGAUUUGGUGUCUACGUGGAAGCUCUUUAAAUAGCGAGAGGUGCAUUACACAAAUUUUCAACGAAAACUUUUCGUUUAUAAAUUUGCAAAAGUCUGUGUUAUUGCGUUGCCACUCCUGCAAUACUUAGAGCAGGUGUAUCGAUGGAUUCCUAUGUAGUUUUGCCUUCUGAAUCCAAAUCUGAAAGCGGCAUUUCGAUAUAUCUAACCGUCUUCGAGAUAAUCGACCUCAAAGUCUAAAAUGUGACGUCACAAUCCGGUUAUCUCCUACAGACGCACUAAACGUCAGCUCAAAUGGUUGAUUAGGAAGUAGGCUACUUUUUUUUUAAUCUCGAUUUGCCAAGCAUAGGUUAUUUAUAUUUGAGUUUGACACUUCGUGAAUGUCAAACUAAAUUUUAAAUUAAGUAUUAAUAAAACAUCAAUGACAUUUAAUAGUGAAUUUAAUUAUUAUAUAAAAUAAAUAAGAUGUUCAAAAAUACAAUUUGAGUAUAAAUAUUUUAAAAGCAAUAGUUUAUUAACAGUUUUAAAAAGGUUUAUACCAGUAUAAAUACGGCCUCCCCUUUAUGAUAAAUGGACUGUUCCAUUUGCUAUAAAAUUCAAAUAUUAUGUAUACCUAGUCGUUCCCUAAACUCGACACAACUGGCUAGUGAUUGUAGAAGGUAAUUUUUUUGUUUUUUGAGAAUUUUGCCGAAAUUGGCAAAAUUACUAAUUAUUUAGUAAUAAUUAUUAACUAUUUAGAAUUUAUUUUUUUGUCGAAUUGGCAAAAUUAUUGACUAAAAUCACUAGCCAGUAUUAUGUCUGUGUACAUCCUUCUAAUGGAAAAAAAUAUUUGAAGAUUUUUCUCAAAUUAUGGAUACCAAGAACAUUUUCAUUUAUAACUCUUUUAUUUUUAAUUUGACAAAUAAAAGUUAUUCUUCAUAAAAAGCUCUUCUUGUUCUAAGAUUUAUGAUGCAACCGUGUCCCAAAAGUAGGGGAACGGUCGAAUAUUUCGCGAACUAAACAUCAGAUGGAAAAACUGAAAAAUACGUGUUCAAUCAUUUUCAAAAAUCUAUCUCCAAAUUGGAGACUCCAAUGACACCAAACACCAACUCCCACUACACCCCCUGGAGGUGGGGUGGGGGGUAACUUUAAAAUCUUAAAUGGAAACCCCUAGUUUUUCUUGCAGAUUUGCAUUCGUUACGUAAAAGUAAGCAACUUUUAUGCAAGACAUUUUUUCGAACUGUGGAUAGAUGGCGCUAUAAUUGGGAAAAACGAUUUAUCCUGAUAGCAUAGGUAAAUUAUAGAAACGGUCUAAUAUCUCGAGAAAUACACUUCUAAAUAAGAAGCCAAAAAACAGGUUUUUCAUACUUUUCGAAAACCUAUCGAUAAACACUA